UAAAAGGAAAAACACAAAAACAAAAUUUCCAAAGAAAUCAGCGAAUGAAAGAAAAAGAAAAAAGAAAAGAAAACUUGAACAUUGAUUUUUCCUUUAAUUCGUUACAAAGCGGCUUGAACACAAAAAGCAAGCACCAAGGUCAAUCCAUAACCUUGAAUUCGAAAUCAAAUGAUUCAAUCACACCAACUCACACACACACUUAUAAACACAUGCACCAGUUAACGGAAAACAUCAAAUUGUCACAUCUCAAGAAUCAAAUUGAAAAACGAUAGAUUAAUAUAAAAACAGAAGAUUGUUUGUAAAUGCAACCAGAAGAUCAGUAAAACCUUCGUGGAGUGUGUGGAUUUCUAAUUUUCCAGCUCGGAGACAACAGACAACAAAAUUCAAGCCCAAGAUGAGAUUGAGACUCAUACUAUUAGGAGCUGUGGUGUGUCUAGCUUUAGUUGAUAGGGCUGCUGCACAGUGCUUAUGUGCGUCGAAAGGAUUGGAUUAUUGCUCAUGCGGUGCUGCACCCCCACCCCUGCGACCUGUGCCGAAGACAAUACCAAGACUCCCUUUGCCGAAGUUUCCACCAAUAGGAGAUAGUUGUUGGUGUGGAAAACAGCUGGUCGAACCGGCAAAACCUCCAAAACCAACGUGCAAAGUAUGUGACACGUUUGAAUGGCUUAGUACACUUAAAACACUAGUUGCAAAAAAGGUCCUUAAUGCCGCAAUUGAGGUUAAGAAAAAGUGCAUCGGGCAUUUGCAGAAGAAGCUUAAUACAUACGAACAACUUGCUGCACUGUCUGCAGUUGCACCACCUCCAGUCCCACUUGCACCGGCAUUGCCCGCUGAGGCUCCAUUGCCUGCUCUACCUACAUUGCCUGCAUUACCUGCAUUGCCUGCUUUGCCCGCACUGCCUAAAUUACCGUUCGCUUUGCUUCCAGCACCACCAGUGCCUCCACCAACACCUGCUUUGCCAGCUUAUUCUUAUUGUAAUUGUGGCUCAUGCCUCACCCCUCCAGCUCCACCCUGCAAAUGUACCUGUGACUGUGCGCCAGCCCUUCCUUCCCGAGCUGCUACAUGUUUUGAUGCAAUGUUACCAAAAGCACCACCUGCAGCGUAUGUACGACCACCAGGAGUUCCAGCAGAUCCUCUUAGUAUCAGCAUGGCCUUGACUGCGAGUAAAAAUUUCGCUGUACCCGAAGCUAAGCUCAGUUAUGGACCAGUGGCAACACCUUUAAAUGCCAUCCAAAGAAUCUACUUUUCGAAUAUCCCCGAGGAGAAGCUUUAUGCUCUGAACGCCCAAAUUAUCGAAAAGAAGAAAACAUUCCCAGCUCCAACAAAAGCUGAGCUUCUAGCUGAGGCAUUAGAAGAGGCCGAAGAGGAAGAAGCUGCAGUUCCCGCUCCUGCUCCGUACUUGUCCUAUGCCGAUCUUGGCUACGGUCCAGCUGUUAUAAAGAAACCAUUGUUCCUGCGACUUACUCCACAACCGGGCUUAGCAUUGGCAGCUGCUGUACAAAAGCCUGUUCUUGCUGGUUGUGGUUAUGUGCCGGGCAAAGUAGCACCUGCUGCCGGAUACCUUGAACAACCUUUAGAAUAUGGAGCGCAAUGCUUAUAAGGUUUAGCAUUUAGGAUAUAGAAUAGGAAUCUUUAUUAAACUUUUGUGCACAGAAGGUUAGAUACACAGUUUUGGGAAAGAGCAUGUGUUUCUAAAAAUGAUUUAAGUUAUUUACUGACCAUGGUUGUUGUUGAUGUGUUUUAGUUAGUUAUAAGGAAAACUUUAAAUAAACAUACACAAAAUAAAAAUGUUUUUAAACGAGAAAAUAUUUC